AUGGCGGAUCCGAAGAGAAUGGAAGAAGGUUUAGGGCAUGGCCCUGAAGAUGAAAGCAAAGUAGUUGCCAAAGUUGAGGAGAAGAGCUCUGGUGUUAUUGUUUGUGAUCAAAUACAAAAGAACGCAGAGGAGCAGCCGUUGCUGAAGCCGAAGACCAAGAGGGUUGCAACCUUGGAUGCAUUUAGAGGUCUUACUAUAGUGUUAAUGAUAUUAGUAGAUAAUGCUGGGGAAGCUUAUCCGCGAAUCGAUCACUCGCCAUGGAACGGCUGCACAUUGGCUGACUUUGUCAUGCCCUUCUUCCUCUUCAUUGUUGGGGUUGCAAUUGCUCUAGCUCUCAAGAAAAUCCCCAAGAUGAAGGAUGCCAUAAAGAAGAUAAUUUUAAGAACAUUAAAACUUUUAUUUUGGGGGGUUUUGUUGCAAGGAGGGUACUCACACGCCCCUAACGAGCUUGCUUAUGGUGUCGACAUGAAACAAAUCCGUUGGUGUGGCAUCCUCCAGAGAAUAGCAGUGGUGUACUUGUUUGUAGCUCUAAUAGAGACCCUGACCACGAAGAGCAGACCGACUAUUCUGAAGCCGGGACACUUAUCCAUCUUCACUGCAUAUAAAUGGCAAUGGGUUGGUGGGUUUAUCGCAUUUCUCAUCUACAUCAUCACAAGCUAUUCGCUGUAUGUCCCAGACUGGAGUUUUGUGGUACAUGGCGACGAUGAAUCCAAGCGCUACACCGUGAAAUGUGGAAUGAGAGGACACUUGGGACCAGCCUGCAAUGCUGUUGGUUACGUGGACAGACAGGUCUGGGGAGUUAAUCAUCUCUACUCAUACCCUGUUUGGGCUCGCCUAAAGGCGUGCACUCUUUCUUCUCCAGCUUCUGGUCCUUUCCGUGAAGAUGCUCCAGUCUGGUGUCGAGGCCCAUUUGAACCAGAAGGCUUGUUGAGCACAAUUUCGGCUAUCCUCUCUGGCACAAUUGGCAUCCACUACGGACACGUUUUGAUUCAUUUCAAGGGCCAUUCUGAGAGGCUUAAGCAAUGGGUGUCUUUGGCCAUUGGCUUUACUGUUUUAGCCUUCAUUCUUCAUUUCUCUGGUGCUAUUCCUAUUAACAAGCAGCUUUACAGCAUCAGCUAUGUCUGUCUCACAGCUGGAGCUGCAGGAAUUGUGUUCUCUGUAUUCUACCUACUGAUUGAUGUGUGGGGAAUAAGGCUUCCAUUUCUAUUCUUAGAAUGGAUAGGGAUGAAUGCUAUGCUGGUGUUUGUGCUCGGGGCACAAGGUAUUCUUGAAGGAUUUAUAAAUGGCUGGUUUUAUAUCUCCCCAAAUAACACACUUGUACAUUGGAUUCAGAAACAUGUUUUCGUCAAUGUUUGGAAGUCUCAGAGGCUAGGGACAUUGCUGUAUGUGAUUUUUGCCCAGAUUACAUUUUAUGCAGUACUCAGUGGCGUCCUCCACAAACUGGGCAUAUACUGGAAGCUAUGAUACAUACAUUCUGUGGCAGCAAAAAAAAGAAACCACUUGUAGUAUUAUAGACAUAUUACCCUUAUUUUCUUGUUUAGUUUGUCCAAUUCUUCUGAAACUUGAAUCCCACUGCUUUUUCUCUCG